UUGUUGUUUCGUUUUCAUGAUAAAAAAUUGAUUGUUUUUUCCCCCUUACCGAACAAAUAAAUGUGCCACUACCAUCACAUAAGUUGACCAAUAAUUUUUUUUUCUUCAAACAUUUUGUUUUGCUUCUACCUUUUUCAACAUUUUCAAUAUUUUUUAUUUUUUGCCUUUCUCCCUCGACACGCGCACCAAGGUACCGAAAAAAAAUUGAGCAAAAAAAAAACAUACGAAUUGAGCAAGUUAGUUAAUGAUCAAUUGAUCCACCAUCAUUCUUUGUAUGUAUACGUGUAUGGUGUUUUUAUAUGAAAAAAAUUUUUUGUUAUAUUGGAACCAAAAGCCGGCCUAAUUUCAUUCCAAACAACAACAACAAAAAAAAUUAUUCAAAAAAAAUUCGAUUGCAACAAUAAACUAAUUUGAUUUUAAUUUUAUAAAAAGAAAAUUGUUCGAAAAAAAACGACAACAAAAUCAGAUGACCGACAUGAUUUAUUCAUUUAUAUUUUAAACUAACAAAAUUUUUGGUUGUUAUGAACAAUAUAUAUAUCGAAUUCUCAACAUUUUUUUUCCAAUCAAUCGAACAAAAUUCAAAAGAAAAAGAAAACAGACGAUGGCUACCAAUCCGGGAACAUCAGUACAGCCAGUACAACAUGCAACAAAAAAUAUAACAACCGAUUUAAGACAACGAGUAUUAAAUCAUAUGAAAGAUACGAUUGCUAAAACUGGUAUUAAUUUUGUACCGGAAGAUAUUGAAAAUACUUUUUAUCAAAAAUAUCCUACACCGGAUGAUUAUUGGAAUCAUGCACAAAAUUUUAUCAAAAGUGUUAUGGCUCGAAAACUAAUGCAACAACAACAACAACAACAACAACAGCAGCAACAACAACAACAACAACAAAUGAUGAAUAAAAAUGUCAUUGCAUUACAUAAUAAUAUGGGCGGGGGCGUUGGACAAAAACCAGUAGGAACACAUAUGAUGAUGACUACAACUGGUCAUCUUAAUGAUUCGAUCCAUCAUCAACAACAACAGCAGCAGCAACAACAACAACAACAAUCUCAACAAAUGAUGAAUGCGAAUAAUUCACAGCGACCAACUUCGGUUACAAUGAAUAAAAUGAUGACAAUGCCAGCAUCAAGCGGUUUUAUCAGUAACAAUCAACAACAACAAAAUGCAAAUGUAACGGCUAUAACAAAUCAACCGGCAAAUGCUGUUCUCAAUGCUAAUUCACAAAUGAUGACAAUGGCCGCUAAUAAAGCCAAAAUAAUGGUCAGUAAUCAACAACAAUUUCAGCAACAGCAAGCAAAUCAACAACAAUUGGCCGCAAUGCAAAUGCAACAGCAGCAACAGAAUCAAAUGCCUGUCGGAUCAAAUCAACAACCGACCAUGACAUUACAAUCGCAACUUCAGCAACAAAAUACAGCAAACGCUCGAAUGAUGCAACCAAAUCAAAUGAUGAAUCAACGAAUGAUAGCUGCAACAAAUGCUAAUGCUAACCAAAUUCGUCAAAUUAAUACAACAUUGAAUAAUAAUCCAAAUAUACAGUUACGAAUACCUCGACAACAAUCACAGCAACAAGCGCAAUUGGUCGCAGCUAAUAUCCGACAAACUGUUUCUGGACAAACUCACAUGAUGAAUACUAUUGGUCAGCAACAGCAACAAACAUCUCAGCAACAACCAGGAUCGGUACCGAUACUUGUUCUUCAACAUCAACAACAGCCUCGACCAAUUAAUACACAACAGAUUCAGAUUCAAAUGCAGCAACAGCCACAAAGUGGCCAGUUUCAGGAUCAACAUCCUACUUCAUGUAUGACAUCGACGUCCGGUAUUCAACAACAGCAAUUCAUCAAUAAAACCAAUCAAAUGCAACAUGUCAAUGUUAAUACAGCCAGCAUGCAAUCGACUAUGCCUCAGCAACAACCUCAACAAGCGCAAAAUUCUGCUGGAAACAUGGCACAGACUGCACAAUUUACUAAUCAAUUUGGGCAACAAACCCAAAUUGUGACCGGAUCUUCAACCGGUGGUCAAACGUUAAUGUCGCAUCAACAGCAACAACAGGCGAUCGCUGCUCGGCAACAUCUGCAACAACAACAACAGGUAUCAGUACAGUUAGGUCCAGGUAAUCAAGCAACAAUGAUGACAACGGCUAACACUUCGAUACCUUCAAGUGAUAAUAACGUGAUGGGUGGCUCCGUUGGACCAACAAAUAAAGGUUUGCUUUCGGCUCAAAUACUUACAGCAAAUCAGCAGCCACAAUCACAACCAUCGCAACAACAGCAACCAAUGCCAGGUGUUGGAAUACAACAAACACAACCGAUGGGCGGUCAACAACAGCAGCCUAAAAUGUUGGCAACAAGUGGACCAAUUCUUGGUUCUGGUCAAGCAACAAUGAUUCCCGCUAAUCAUCAUGCUCAUCAUCAUGGAUCACCGGUCAAUUCUAAUUUUAUCGGUACAGGCAGUCCAGCAGCACCUCAACUGAUGCCAUCACCAGCUAGUCGUCCACCACAUUCGAUUGAAACGCCAUCACCACAGAAUCAGCAAUUAAACACUCCCGGAUCUGUAUCAUCAACACAACCGACUCGUACAAAGGAACAACAAUUAUUACAAGCAUUGCAAAAAUAUAGAGAACCAUUAGAAGAAGCUAUUCAGAAAAAUGAUGUGAAUGAUUCCCUUAAUGAUAAAAGAAGAAAUAUUCUUCGGAUUGUGACUGGCGCCACUCCUGCAUCAUUAGAAUUGUUGGAACGAUGUGAAGCAUUACUUGAAUCAAAUGCUAAUUUUUUGGCAAAUAAAAAUUUGUUAGCCAAUAAUGGAACCAUGAAUAAAAUGGAUAAUCAUAGUACAAAUCUAACCGAUUCGCCUUCAUCAUUGAAUAAAUCUCGACUGGCAGCGGGCAGUAUCAUACCUACAAUUUCUUCAAUGUCCAUGUUAGGUCAAUCAGGUUCAUCGACUGUACAUGCAAGAAUGCAAGAUACUUGUCAGCCAUUAUUGGAUGCUGUUACACGUAAUUUUCGUAAGCCUACAUAUUUUCAUGUUGCACAUAAAACAUUUGGUCCUGCAUUAUCUGUAUUAAAUCCUGAUCCAUAUCUUUUGGCACAUCGUGUUAAUAUCAGUGGUAAUUACAUUUGUUACAGUAAUGUUUCUGGAAGAACUAUGAUGAAAAAAGGUGGCCUUAUUGAUCGCCGUAUUGAAACAUGGAAACGACGAAUGAAUCGCCUUUCACUGCGAAAUCGUAAUGGUAAAUCAUUACCCGAUAUAUUACAGGGUGAAAUUGCUCGACUUGAUAUGCGUUUUAAAGUACAAGCAUUAUCAACACGUAGAUUUGGUUCAUCUAAAUGUCAACAUUUACUUUGUCGAUUAGAUGAUAGUCGUUUACCAUCCGUACCGCCUAUCGUUGUCUAUAUACCUGAAGAUUAUCCCGAUGUUCCACCACAUUGUGAACUUGAAUCCGAACAAUAUAAAAAUUGUCAUUUUUUCUCAAAAAUUUAUUCAAAUUUUGGCUGUAAUAUUCGACAUAUGCCAAUGAGAUAUUCAUUUACAUUAUUAUUACAUAUUUGGGAACGUAGUAUACAACAGGCAAUGUGCUCGAUAUUGGAUACAUCAAGUCCAUUAUUAUCAUCAUCAACAUCAUCAUCAUCAACAUCAUCAUCAUCAUCAUUGUUGACAUCUACAUUAUCAUCAUUUUGUCCACAGCAGCAGCAUCAAGAUCAAUUGAUGAACAAUAAAAAUAUAACGGAUGUUAAUGGCCAUAAUAAUAAUAAUAAUGGUGAUAAUCAUGUUGAUAAUAAUAAUAUGAUUAUCAAUAAUAAUAAUAAUAAUAGUCUACCAAUAACCUCUACAACUAAAAACUAAAUUAUUUCGAAUGAAAAAAACAAA